AUGGCACACGCCGAAUCCCGGAGCAGCAAGAACGCUGAAGUCUGCAGCGCCACGGCCCUACAGUCACCAGCCCCGACGUCCCAGGUGGGUCUGGCUCCCCCGGGCCAGGGCCAGGGCCGGGCUGGCGCCAAGGCUCUCCCUCCCCAGGGGAAGAUGGGGCGUGCCGUGGGAGCCGGGCUGCGGAACGUCGGGAACAGCUGCUACGUGAACGCCGCCCUGCAGUGUCUGACCUACACCCCGGCCCUGGCCAGCUGGGCAGCGUCCGGGCUUCAUGGCGGCGCCCACGGCCAGCGGCCCUGCUGCAGGUCGUGCGGCGUGCGGGCGCACAUCGGCCGGGCCCGGCGCCACCCCGGGGAGGUCCUCGCGCCGUGCCCCUCGCUGCUGGCCGGAUUCCACAGGGAGCGGCAGGAAGACGCGCACGAGUUCCUCAUGUUCACGCUGGACGCCAUGCAGCAAGGCUGCCCGCAGGACGGCGGGCGGGAGCCGGCCGACAUCCCGGGCAUCUUUGGAGGCCGCUGGCGGUCCCAGGUGCAGUGUCUGCGCUGCCUGGCCGUCUCCGACACCUUUGAACCUUACCUGGACGUGGCGCUGGACGUGGGAGCGGCGCCGAGCGUGGCCCAAGCCCUGCGAGAGCUGGUGAGGCCCGAGAGACUGGAGGGGGAGGACGCCUACCUGUGCGGCACCUGCGGCCAGAAGACGCCCGCCACCAAGACGCUGACCCUGCACGCGGCCUCGCGGGUCCUGAUGCUGGUGCUGAAGAGGUUCUGCCAGGGCGGCGACGCCAAGCUGGCUGGGCACGUGAGCUACCCCGAGUGCCUGGACGUGGGCGGCUGCACGUCGGAGCGCCAGGAGGGGCCUCUCGCGUACGUGCUCUACGCCGUCCUGGUGCACACGGGCUGGAGCUCUCACGGUGGCCACUACCUGUGCUACGUCAGAGCGGGGGACGGCCAGUGGUACCAGAUGGACGACGCCAGGGUCAGCGCCUGCGACGCGUCCCGCGUCCUCAGCCAGCAGGCCUACGUCCUCUUCUACGCGCAGAAGGCCGAGUGGGAGAGAGUCGGCGGCGACUGGGGCUGGGCCGGCCCGGAGGGGCCAGGCUGCGGGGCCUCGGCGAUGCCCAGGGAGCGGCCGGGCCGUCCUGCCAGGGACCGCGAGCCCUCGGUGUCUGGCCACCUCGAGCCUUGCGAGGACUCUUCUGCCAUCAGCCUGGACUGCUGGAGGCGGCUGCAGGAGCAGAGCCGGCCCAAGCCGCCGCCCGGCCUCAGGAGGACGGUUGCCGCCCUGCCCGCCAACGCAGUGGUCAUCCACCGCUCCAGACACAGCCACGGGGCGCCCUGGGAGCAGCCUGAGCCCCGGAAAGCUGCCCCAGAAACGUGUGCCACGGCCGCCAAGAGGAAGAGCAGGAAAGGCCAGAAAAGCCUGCGGGUCCUGCACAGCCUUCAGCUCCCACGGGGGCCCCGCCUCUGA